UAGGUGAGUUACAGGGACGCUUUGCUCUGCACAGAAAGAUCAGCAUUUCAGGCUGCAGGAUAGUGGGGUGACUGGUAUCCAGAUAUGGACACAGAAUCCAACCACUCAGGAUAUUCACAUCACUCUCGGAACUGCCACCAAAGAAGCCACGAUGGGCCAAAAUCAGUUAAUGUUCAGCCAACGGUGGGACAGCCCCUUCUGGGGGAGGACUCGGGGCGUGGAGAGGAGGAGGAGGAGGAGGAGGGACAGGAUGAUCAUUGGGGCGAGACCACCACAGCAGUCACAUCAGAGCGCAGUGCAUCAUUUGAGGACUUGCCCCCCGUUGGAACCUCCAGGAUCCCAGACACUGCUAGGCCUAAAACCUGGAUUAUGAUUGGAUUCUACUUGAGUUGUGUUCUUGGACUUAUUGCUAUCCUUACCCCACCUGCUUUUAUUGUGCUCCCCCAAGUAUUUUGGGGGCCUCAGCUAGAACCCUGUGGUAUAGUCUGUGAGGGGCUUUAUAUUUCUUUGGCCUUUAAGCUGCUUCUUCUUUCUUUGGCUACCUGGGCUGUUUUACUUCGUCCACCACAUUGUGCUCUUCCUCGACUAGUUGAAUUCCAUGCGCUUCUAUUAGUCUUGCUCUUCCUCUUCCUAUCCUCCUAUUGGCUCUUCUAUGGUGUGAGGGUCCUAGGCCCCCAGGAGAAGAACCUGCUUGGAGUGGUGGAAUAUGCAGUCUCAUUGGUGGACGCUCUCAUUUUCAUUCAUUACCUUGGCCUCAUUUUGCUCGAGCUCCGCCAGUUGCAACCCUUUUUUUACCUGAAGGUCAUGAGGAGCAGUGAUGGAGAGAUGCGAUUUUACAGCCUUGGGACCCUCAGUAUACAGAGAGCCGCCCUGUUUGUACUGGAGAAUUACUACAAGGACUUCCCUGCGUUACGCCCAGCUCCUCCCCUGGUCAGAAGGCGGUCGCGGCACGAGAACCAUCACGGGAGGAAAGUUUACAGCGUGGAUGGGCCAGAUAGCAGCGCAGUCAGCCAAUCACAGACCCUGAUCUCGGCAUCCACCAAUUACAAAGAGAGAUAUUAUGAAGAGGCGGAGCAUGCACGGAAAGUCCGGAGGCGCAAAGCCAGGCUGGUGAUGUCAGUGCACGACGCAUUCUCUCAGCUGACGCACUUGGCACAGAGGGACGAGGAGUGGAAAUCGCCCAACACUUUGCAGUCUCGGGAGGCGGCGCAGAGCGUAUUCCCACUCAUUGCCCAGAGCCUUCAGCGCUACCUGCGCUCUACCCAGCAAGCCCACCUACACAGCAUGGAGGGGAUCAUCCAGCACCUCACAGAGUGUCUCGCCCACCGGCUGUCUCCCCAGGCCUUUCUGGAGCAGUAUCUGCGCCCCGGCCCCCCCAUUCAAUAUCUGGGCAACCCCUACGGAGUGUGGACUCUGGUGAGUGAAGAAUCAGUCACACGUCCCCUCAGGUCCGACCUGACUUUCUGCCUCCAGUGCUCCGACGCUCAACUGGUGGUGAGUGUUUGUGGGAUCCCCUUCCUGAAACUGAGCGAGAGCUUCAUCCCCCCCAACUCCCAUCGCUUCAUUGAUAGCAGCAAACCCGAGACCAACCUGUGAGUGGCGCCAGUGCUCCCACAUAGGAGGAGGGAUGGAAGGACUUCCCUAGUGAUGGAACAAUGGUGCCCCGCUACGCUUGCCCUGGCAAUCAUUAUACGCAGCGCUCUGCCCCCUGGUGAUGGAAAGAUGGUUCCCUGGGAUGGAAGGAUGCGCCACCUUGUUCUUUCCAUUGGGAUGGAGGGAUGCCUCACCUUGGUGAUGACCACUAGGAUGGAGAGGUGGCACCUUGGUGAUAGCCAUUGGGAUGGAGGUGGCACCUUGCUGGUAGUCAUUGAGAUGGAGGUGGCACCUUGGUGGUAGCCAUUGGGAUGGAGGUGGCACCUUGGCGGUAGCCAUUGGGAUGGAGGUGGCACCUUGGUGGUAGCCAUUGGGAUGGAGGUGGCACCUUGGUGGUAGCCAUUGAGAUGGAGGUGGCACCUUGGUGGUAGCCAUUGGGAUGGAGGUGGCACCUUGGCGGUAGCCAUUGGGAUGGAGGUGGCACCUUGGUGGUAGCCAUUGGGAUGGAGGUGGCACCUUGGCGGUAGCCAUUGGGAUGGAGGUGGCACCUUGGUGGUAGCCAUUGGGAUGGAGGUGGCACCUUGGCAGUAGCCAGUGGGAUGGAGGUGGCACAUUGGAGGUAGCCAGUGGGAUGGAGGUGGCACGUUGCCAGUUGCCAGUGGGAUGGAGGUGGCACCUUGGCGGUAGCCAGUGGGAUGGAGAGGUGGCACCUUGGCAGUAGCCAGUGGGAUGGAGGUGGCACGUUGCCAGUUGCCAGUGGGAUGGAGGUGGCACCUUGGUGGUAGCCAGUGGGAUGGAGGUGGCACCUUGGCAGUGGGGGGCCUUAUUGCUGUUAGGAGAAGACUUGCUGCUAUGCCAUAGCCAUGCCAAAGAGACAAAUGUAUUUAUACAAGCAGAUUCCCUGGCUCACAGCCAGGAGGGGGCAGUAUUACUGACAUUAUUAUUAUUAUUAUUAUUGUUGUUAAUAAACUAAGGCUUGAGUGGUC